AUGCCAUGCGAUUUCAUCAUUCAUAACAAGGUGUAUCUAAUGGCGAAAUUACAGACCUUUGAUUUGAUUUCGACUAAGGAAAAGCAUCCAUGCCCGAAGUGCAAUCGCAUCUUCGAGAAGAAAAGCAGCCUGAGUAGACAUCUGACGUACAUGUGUGGAAAAAGACCACAAUUUAAAUGCCCCUACUGUGAAUAUUGCUGCAACAUGCGCUAUAUGGUUCAUGUCUCGGGUUUCUACAGGAGAAAAAGGCAGAAUCACGUUACCAAUUGUUAUGCAAAACACCAGUGUCCUAACUGUCCUUCCAUCUUUGUGUGGAAAUGUACCCUGAGGAGGCAUCUGCGCAAUGAGUGUGGUAGAGAACCACGUUUUAAGUGUCCCUAUUGCGAUUACCGUGAUGUUAAUGGAUCUUUUAAAGCCUUCAGCAAAUCGUUCUCCAGCGAUGCCGACGCUAGUAUCAGAUUCCCUUGCCCGAAUCAUAAUUGCGGUCGCGUCUUCAACUGGAAGAGAAAUUUAACACGGCAUCUGAAGUACGAAUGCGGCCUCCAGCCGCGCUUCAAAUGCCCUUACUGUGAUUAUUACGGCAAACUCAAGGGCAAUGUCAGCAAGCAUCUCCUCCGCAGACACAAUAAUCGGAAGAUUUAUGUUGUUGAUUUGUUUCAAGGGACAGUAUAA